AUGCUAGUAGAUUUAAAUGUGCCAUGGCCCCAAAAGGAUUUUCAAUCUGAAGUGACUCCUAAGCACGUUCAGGAGGUUGAGAAAAUAUUAUUAACAUUACAUACACUUGGAUACACCCAUAUAGCGAUCAAUUUCACAGUAAAACAAGAUGGGAAGUUUCCAACUGACCCCAAAAAAAUGAAUCCUAUUAAUAUAGAACAGAGAUUUGGAGAAUUGAUGGAGAAAACUGGUUUAAAACUGUAUUCCAGAUUAACACUUAUUAUAGAUGAUCCAUCAAGAGGUCAAUCGUUAAAUAAAAUCUCUCAAUAUUAUGAUAUACUUUCAGCUAAACCUAUCAGUGAAAAGGGUGUCCUUGUUGCAACUACUCAUUUAGAUAUUGACGUCUUAACGUUCGAUUAUAGUAAUAGAUUACCUGUCAUAUUAAAACAUAAAAACAUAUGCUCUUGUGUUAAGAAAGGGAUCAAAGUAGAAAUCACAUAUUCAGAUAUGUUGAAAGAUAAUAAUACUAGAAGACAGUUUGUAGCAAAUGUGAGAAAUGUUGUUCGAAGUUCACGUAACAGAGGCUUAGUUGUUUCAAGUGGCGCUACCACCCCUGUCCAAUGCAGAAACGUGGUUUCUUUGGACUCUGUACUAAAGAUGCUAGGGAUAAAAGGUUCCUGUACGACUAUGAUGGGAGAUACAGCUGCGACAGUACUUUUGCAAGGACGCUUACGCCGUCGUAGCAAUAAGCAAACCAUUGCUGUAGGAGGUGACCAAGAUGUUGUGGAUGACGCAUCCAACGGUUACACAAAGAUUAUAAAGAGACCAUUGGAGAUCGAUGCUGAUACAGAAGAAGGUGCCUUAAAAAAGACCCGUCUGUGA